AUGCCAAGAAAAAGGUCAAAAGUGUGGAAUUUUUUCACCAAAUUGAACAAAGACCAAGGGAGAUGUUUAAAGUGCAAAAAUAAUUUUGAAGCUAAAGGAGGUAACACCAGUAAUUUAAUAAAUCACUUGAGAAUACAUCAUCCCAAUAUUCAUUUCGAGUUUUUAAGUAUAAAGAGUCAAGAUAACAACUUUAACAAAAAUGAUCUGAAUGAAACUGAUGACAUCAGUGAUCCUCCUUGUGACAUUGGUAAUAAUAGUGCAGAAUAUCAUGAACUAGUGCCAUUAAAUUCUAGUACAAAUUUAGUUCAUAAAUCUUGUACACUAAAACAACAAUCUAUGAAUGUAUAUAAAAAAUUAGACAAAACAACCAGUGAAAAGUAUACCAAUGCAAUUGCCUAUUGGAUCGUUACAGAUAUGCAACCUUAUAGAUCUGUAUCAAAACAAGGAUUUCAACACCUAAUGUCUGUCAUAUGUCCUGGAUAUACUAUCCCAAGUCGCCAAUUUUUUGCUGAUAACAAAAUUCCUGCUUUAUAUUUUGAGGUGAAACGUAGAAUAAAACAUGAUCUCAACUCUGCACAAUUUUUGUCACUUACAUUUGAUUGUUGGACUUCAAAUGCCCAACAGCCUUAUAUUGGCAUAACAGCUCAUACUAUCAAUAGUGGUUGGGUUCUUCAAACAUAUUGUAUAGCUUGCACAAUUCUUGACGUAGACCACACUGCCACUAAUUUAAAAGAUAUUAUUGAAUCUACACUUAAAGAUUGGAAUAUUCCUAUGUCAAAAGUCUCUGCUGCAACUACAGAUAAUGGUACUAAUGUGAUCAAAGCUGUUCAGUUAAUGGACUUAAAUCAUAAUAGUUGUUUUGGUCACACAUUAAAUAAUGGAUUGAAAUCAAGAAAAAUAAAAUAUCUUCCAAACUGCAACGAACAAAAACUUAUUUUGGUGAUGUGCAAAAUUUUUGAACCUCUAAAAACACUUGGUGAACACAUGGGUGCAGAAAAGGUUGUUACAGCCUCUUCAAUUUGGCCUGUUUAUACAAAACUUGAAAAAACUUUGCUUCACACAAAUUCAUCAAAUUUUACUUGUGCUUUAACACAAGAAGAAUCAACUAGAGCGAAUAAUAGUGAACAUUUUGGGGACAGCGAACAAUUAUUUCCAAUCCUAAGUCAAUGUACACUUAUGGAUAAUGAUAUAAAUUCAUAUUUUAACACUAAUGAAGUUUGUGAAGACAUUAGUGAUGAUUAG